CGCGGAGGGUUUGCAUCCCCAACCCAACCCAACCCAGCGGCGGUAUUCACGUCGCUGUCCAUGGAUUUGAUGCUGCCCCUAGUUUCUCCCCUCCCUGUUUCUAGCGCCAGUAUAUCUCUCCCUCCCUCGCUGCUUCUUGCACCUCUCCUCCUCCACGCAUUGCUUCUUGAUUCUUGAUUCUUGCUGCUUCUUGCUUCUUGUUGCUGUUGUUCUUGGUUGGAUCUUUGAUGAAGGUGGGGAGGGGAUCGAGGGGGGGAGGUGGCCGCGAUGGCGGCGGCGUGGUGGAGGAGGAGAGGAGUGGCGGGGUGGAGGCGGCGCCGCCGGUGAAGAGGAGGCGGGUGGCGGUGGCGCCGUCGGCUGGGGCCGGGGGGAGCAGGCGGGUGCAGGCGGAGGCGUCGCCGCUGCAGCGGCUGUUCCGGGCUUGCCGCGCCGUCUUCAGGGGCACCGGCACCGUCCCGGCCCCCGGCGAGGUCGACCUGCUCUGCUCCAUGCUCGAUAAAAUGAAACCCGAAGAUGUUGGCCUUAGGGCAGACCAAGAAUUCUUCACGGCUAGAGAUGAUGACGAAGGAAUCCCGCUCAUUAAAAACACUACAUUAUAUGAAUGCGACAACUUUACGAUGAUUAUCUUCUUCUUACCACGAAAUGCGAUCAUCCCACUGCAUGAUCACCCUGGAAUGACGGUGUUCAGUAAACUACUUAUCGGAUCGCUGCACAUAAGGUCGUAUGAUUGGGUUGAUCCUGAGCCUGCCUUAAGUUGUAGUUCAUCGUCGGGUGAUCAAUUGAGGUUGGCAAAGAGAGUGGUGAAUGGCGUUUUUACAGCACCAUGUGAUACAUCAGUCCUGUAUCCUACAACAGGAGGGAACAUGCACCGGUUUCGAGCUAUUGCGCCGUGUGCAAUUCUCGACAUUCUUGGCCCCCCUUAUUCCACGGAAGAUGGCCGAGACUGCACAUAUUACCGCGCUAUUCCCUACUCACGUCAUUCGGUGAAAAAUGGCGCGGCCGAUCAGCUCACCGGAGUCGACGAAGAAGGCCAUCGCCUCUCAUGGCUAACGGAGACCAUUCCGCGGAUGCUGAGGAUGCGCCAGAUCCGGUACGGCGGCCCGCCGAUCUCCGAUGACGAAUGACCGCCGGCUUGUCCUGAUCUGAAAGAGUGAUAUUCCGACAUGGACGGCCAGCCCAGCUGUGAAUCCGUCGACGUCUAACCAUGUAGUAGACAGCAGAUAGCCAUAGAUGCAAAUGCGAAUCAAUCAUGCAGAGUUGAGCUUUCAGUUCUUGCAUGCCUGAUGCUGUCUUUCAGUCUCAGUGAUGCCCUUUUCUUAAUCUUUGGUCAGUAGUUCGUUCAGUACUUCAGUACAUGUAUGCGUAGACUCCAAUAUUUCAGUUAUGUUGGAUGCCCUUUUUGUAUUGAAAAGUAAGAAUCGAUCUAUUGGGGUUAAAAUGUAAGGGAGUAAAUUUAGACAUUCUCUCUCUUCUUUUAAUUUUUCAGAAUUGUAAAGUAUAUGGUUGGGAUACGACUGAUAAACCGUAUAACUUUUCUAAGAAGGCAACUACUCCCUCAUUUCCAAA